UGCUCGCCUCCCCUCACACGUUCGCCAACGUCUGUCAGACAUCUGCAAAACAUUUGCACUCUCUGAGAUAAGAGCUUGCAGCGCCUUGCAAAACAAAGCCGUCUUGGUCUGAACAGCCACGCAGGAAGUCCAACAGACGGAUUUCUUCCUAAAGACCACCAUGGAACGCGUGCCAGGUAUUUGCUUGGUGCUCUGCCUUCUCCUGCUGACACACUGCACACGCCAGCAGACACCGGAGAAGAAAACAACUCCCAAAAAAGAUUCGACCAAUGCGGCCAUCGAGGAAAUAAAGAAACAGAUUAAUGACAUCGUCAACGACCUCAAUUUAUUAAAAGAGCAACAAUCUCUGCAGUCGAUGUGUCUGCGUGGAACCAAGGUCCUCGGCAAGUGUUUUCUGGCCGAGCCGGUCAAGAGGACGUUCCACGCGGCCAGCGACGACUGCAUCGCCAAGGGGGGAAGUCUGAGCACCCCUCUAACGGGGGACCAGAAUGAUCAGCUCUACGCCUACGUGCGCCGGAGCAUCGGCCCGGAGGAGCCCAUCUGGCUGGGCAUCAACGACAUGGUGACCGAAGGCCAGUGGUUGGACAUGUCGGGUUCCAACCUACGCUUCAAGAACUGGGAGACGACGAUCACCACGCAGCCGGACGGAGGCCGCGGCCAGAACUGCGGAACUCUGUCCACCACGGCCAACGGGAAGUGGUUUGAUGAAAGCUGUCGCGCUGAGAAGGCCUCGGUGUGUGAGUUCAACAUUGUGUGACUUCCUCAGCUUGGAAGACAUCUUGCACUUCUUUGCUAGGCUCUUUUCACACUAUUGCACAUUCACUCUUAAAGCAGGGAAAUACAUGUACAGUAAAAGGUAGCUGCUUGAUUUGUCCAGCAAGAAUGUACUGCCAGGUUUUCAAGGUGUUCUCUUAUUCACUUCUUUUUUGCAUGACAACCACAAAUAAACCAAUUCAUGGAGUAUUUUUUUCUGCAAAGCAA